CUUUCUGAAUUGGUGUCAACCACACCACAGAUGAUGGCAUCAGAGGUGCCCAUCGUGCUCAGUGAUGACGAGGAGGGGCCGCCGGCGCCGGCUGACGGGCCGCCGCUCGGUGACGGCGCCGCUCCGUUGACGGGGCCGUCUCCAGACCCGGUCGCCGGCGGCCACACCCCGCACAGCUCCGAGGAGUUCGACUACUCGGCGGCGGCUGACGAGGUCGACCUCAACAACGUCUCGCUGCACGAGAGCGACAUCGAGGAGGGCGACAUCUUCGCCGAGAACCUGCAGCGGUACACAGAGUUGCAGCGUCAGACUGAGGAGCGACUCGCUGCCGAGCCGCCGCCCCGCAUUUCCUCCCCGGAGACGCCCAAUGGCGCUACCAAACGGGCCGCCGCGAAAACAGGCGGCCGGCCCAAACGGCUGCGGACGAGCUCCCCGGACCGGGAGGGGGAGGGCGGCCAGGAAGAGGACGAGGAGGAGUUCCUGGCGAAUCUGCUGGCGACGCCUCCUGUCGCCGCGGUACGCCGCAGCCCGCCAAAGACACGCCGAGGGAGGGCUCUGGACAUGUCUGCCCCGGAGGUGCUGCAGGAAACGCCGCCGGUGGUGAGCGACUCGCCGCUGGUCCCGGCCGAGGAUCCGCCGGAGCCGGAGCCGGAGCCGGCGGGAGCCACGUUCACUGCGCGCGUGCUCGCCGGACAACUCGUCAUCCGACUGCAGAUGAAACGGUCGGAUCGGCUGCAGCGCCUGUUUGACGCCGUGGCUGACGAGCUGUCGCUGCCUGUCCAGCGGGUGUGCCUGGGUCAGCGGGACGUCAUCUACAGCCCGCACCAGACGCCCGACGACGUGGCACUGGGACCUUUCGACAUGAUCGAGUUCUGGGAGGUCAGCUCGGCACGGGCCGCCCCGGCUGCCCCGGCCGUGCCGCAGCCGGUCGACCCCAACUCGAUCGAGCUGAAGGUGCAGAGUGCCGAGCGGCGCGGCGCCGUCACGGUGCGGCUGGGCAGAACCGAGCCCAUGUCGGUACUGAUGGAGCGCUACGCCCGGCAGAAGGGCGCCGAGCUGGCCAAACUCAGGUUCCGGUUCGAUGGCGAGGCUCUGGACCCGAGCGACACUCCUGAGACACUGGAUCUGGAGGGCGGCGAGUGCGUGGACGUGCACUCCUGCUGACCUCUGCGACCUCUACACGGGCUCCGAUCUGACCUCUGCCGUGGCUGCCGCUCUGUGACCUCUACACUGGCUCUGAUCUGACCUCGGUGCGGCCGCUGACCGGAGGCCACGUGCUCGAUAUGGCCCGGUGUGAUUGUGGUAGCCUCUCAGUGUUGAGCCUCUCUUGAAAUUAUCGCUACUCGAUAGUAUCGCUAUCGCUACGUGGUUUGAAAGCGCUUGGUGUUUAAGGGUUGGCCGCCUGGUGGGCCCGUACCGCUUUCACGGCUACGCGGGCCGGCCAGGUGGCCAACCCUUAAAGGAAAUAGUUCACUUUUAACAUGGGCUUUUAAACUGGAAUAAUAGUUUUGUAGCUGGAGCUGAGACUAGCACAAAUCAGAAGCUUUUACGUCCCAACGAUCACCCUAGACGAAGAUAUUCCAUUUCUCGUUCCGAAAAGAGGACCUUGCAGAGGAAUGUGUGUCUUGCUGGGGAAUGCAGCCACGUCAUCGUCAGCCAAUCAGCAUGCUGCUUACAGCCAAUGGGUUUGCACUACGCAGUAUGCUUGGUCAACGCAUAAUAAGCUUCCACGUUAAGCAAUAUUUUAUAUAGAAUACAGUUCUUCCUAUAUUAACAUAUGGAAAAUAAUCUUCUUUAUAAAUGGUUUUAUUUGCUUUUCUGAUCAUUUAAAGCAUAAAAAUUAUAAAUCUAUUGAAAAAAAAAUUAAUUUUGGGAGAGUGAACUAUUCCCUUUGAGUCAGGAGCCCUCAAACCAGGGAGCGAUAGCGAUACUUCCAGGAAAGACUCUUGUUGGACAAUUGUAGAGAUGCACGAGCGAUACUUGUUUGGCACUCUGAACCAUGCUGAAGGCGCAUACAAUUGGAAGGCAGCUGGUUGCAGCUACUGACUGCAGAACACUGCGUAAAAACUGCCGAUCAAAGUAAUCCAUGUCAGUCUUGUGGUGCUUCCUCGCAGAUAUAAGUACCUGAUUCGCGCAUCAUUUGGUCUCAAUGUGCAGCGUUGAUUGCUCAGCGUCCGUCAGUAUCAUCCGAUACUGAGAUUGUGCGCCUAUUCUGAGUGUAUUUAUUUGUGACGUGUAGGUAUCGUCUCCUGACAGGCGGGGCCUCAGACCACUAGCUGCGGAGGCCGGUGUAGUGUGCUGCGUCAAUUUCAGACCACCGUCAGAGAUCUGCUAUGUCGAGUAUGGGUGUGCCUGCUGGCUGCUGAUGGGUGUGUGUGCGUCAGUAGCUGGUGGUUUCCGAUCAGGUCUCGUUUUGUGCUGGCUGUGAGGCCAGGUAAUACGGAUCAUGUCCGUCUGCAUGUCAGAAAUGUGUAUAACUGUCCGCUCUUUUUGUAAUGCCGUGUUGGAUUAAAUUGCCGCAAUAUAUUAUUUUCGGAUGA